GGCUUGGCUCUCGUGUGCACACCAGCUGUUCCUCCAUCACCGACACCGAAUAAAUAAAAAUCGCCCGCGCGCGCACUGUCUUCUGCAUACAUGCAUAGGAAUAGGAUAGCGUGAUUCCCAGGCAUUCCCUGAAUCUUCUUUUCCGUCUGGAGGCAACCAAACAAGGAAUAAAGCUCGAACAAAACCCCGGCCCAAAAGCAAAACAGCUAGCAAAGGGAUUCAGCUGCUGAGCAUCUCACGUCAAAGCUUUUUUUUUCCCCUUCUUUUUCCUGCCAGCCUUCAUAUCCUCGUCCAUCCUUUUGCUCGCGAAAGGAAAAAUCCCCCCUCAUCAAGUCCUCAACUCAGUCUCCCCGUAAGGCCGUAACUGCCACCUCGACGGCGGCUCGACGUCGCCGCCGCCGCUGUCGACCUUGUCCAAACGAACCCAGAAAGAAAGGCGGAGCAAUGGGCAACUGCUUCACCAAGACGUACGAGCACGAGAUACCCAUCACCGAGGAGCCGCCGCCGCCGCGGCGGCCGUGGUCGCAGCCGCAGUACCGGCCGCCCCACGAGCACAAGACGCGGGACGUGCCGCUAUCCUCGGGAACGGGCUCGCGCCGCGCGCAGACGCUGCCGCGGCCGCGGCGGCCGGCCUUCCCGUCAUCGGGCGCGGGGUCGAUGAUGGGCCGGCGGGCGUCGUCCGGCGGCGGCGAGGUGGGCCCGGUGCUGCAGCGGCCGAUGGUGGACGUGCGGACGCUGUUCCACCUGGAGCGGAAGCUAGGGAGCGGGCAGUUCGGGACGACGUACCUGUGCACGGAGCGCGCGACGGGGCUCAAGUACGCGUGUAAGUCCGUGUCCAAGCGCAAGCUGGUGCGCCGCGCCGACGUGGAGGACAUGCGCCGGGAGAUCACCAUCCUGCAGCACCUCAGCGGGCAGCCCAACAUAGCGGAGUUCAAGGGCGCCUUCGAGGACGCCGACGCCGUGCACCUCGUCAUGGAGCUCUGCACCGGCGGCGAGCUCUUCGACCGCAUCACAGCCAAGGGCAGCUACUCGGAGCGCCAGGCCUCCGCCGUCUGCCGCGACGUCCUCACCGUCGUCCACGUCUGCCACUUCAUGGGGGUCAUGCACCGCGACCUCAAGCCCGAGAACUUCCUGCUCGCCAGCCCCGCCGAUGACGCGCCGCUCAAGGCCAUCGACUUCGGCCUCUCCGUCUUCAUCGAAGAAGGUAACGUUUACAAGGACAUUGUGGGGAGUGCAUACUACGUGGCGCCAGAGGUACUGCGCCGGAAUUACGGCAAAGAAAUUGAUGUGUGGAGCGCCGGAGUGAUCUUAUACAUUCUUCUGUGUGGGUCACCGCCUUUCUGGGCAGGUGAGUGUUCAGACAUCUUCAUCCUAACAUACUGCAUAUUUGAUGCUAUACUGUUCGGCCAGCUUGAUUUAAGCUCCCUCCCGUGGCCCUCCAUAUCUGAAAGUGCAAAGGAUCUCAUUAGGAAAAUGUUGGACAGAGAUCCUCAGAAGCGAAUUACUGCAGCACAGGCCCUACAACAUCCGUGGCUCAAAGAUGCACCUGACAGACCUAUUGAUAGCGCGGUCCUGUCAAGAAUGAAGCAAUUCAAGGCAAUGAACAAGCUAAAGCAACUAGCACUCAAGGUGAUCGCGGAGAACCUAUCGCCAGAGGAGAUAAAGGGAUUGAAGCAGAUGUUCAAUAACAUGGAUACAGACAAGAGUGGCACGAUCACAGUCGAAGAACUGAAGGAAGGACUGAGAAAGCUAGGAUCGAAGAUUAGUGAAGCAGAGGUUCAGAAGCUUAUGGAAGCAGUUGACGUGGACAAGAGUGGCAGCAUUGAUUACACGGAGUUCCUUACUGCCAUGAUGAAUAAACAUAAACUGGAAAAGGAGGAGGAUUUAAUCCGUGCAUUUCAAUACUUUGACAAAGAUAACAGCGGGUACAUAACAAGAGACGAACUGGAACAAGCCAUGGCAGAGCAUGGAAUGGGUGAUGAAGCAAGCAUCAAACAAGUACUAGACGAAGUUGAUAGAGACAAGGAUGGGAAUAUCGACUAUGAAGAGUUUGUGGAAAUGAUGAGGAAGGGAAGUUAUACCUGAGACAACUCUCUGGUCUAAUGAUGGAAGAGGUUGUAUAUAUAUGUUUGUUUCAACAAAUACUGCAAGUACAAGCAACAAUGCAAGUUUAAUCAGAACAAGUUGCUUAU